AAAAAGCAAAAUUCAACGUCAAAACCAAACCCUACCCUAAAGCCAAAAAUCUUCUUCUAAAAUACCAAAGAAAGAAGCCACCACCAGCUCCAGAUCCCCAAAGAGCGGCCCACUAAACAAGACAAUCAAACCCAAUUCCUUAAUCACAUCAUUAAAUUCACAAUCAAUAUCCAAGUGGUCGCUUGAGAUUCCUUCCAUUUCCCAUUAAUUACAGUAGCCGACUGCCAGCAUUAGUGUCUUAAUGACUAACAAGAUUCAACCAUUUCGUAAUCAAUUCUUUGCUUUCUUCUUCUUCUCAUGAUAAUAAUCCAUUUUAAUUUUCAAUCACUAUCAUAGUCCACAAGGUCCCAUUCACACCAGCUUGCUCCCUCUCCUUCACAGAGCGGCCCACCUACUUCAUUCUGUACACAAACAACGCUUUCUUUUCAAUCAGUGUCUAAGUUCUGCAACACGCCCACUUUCUGUCUCUUUUGCCUUCCCCUCCCUUCCAUUUUCUUGGCAGAAAUUUCUGUCUCAAGAGAAGACAGAGGUUGAAGAAAAGGAAGGGGGUAAAAACAGAGUAAAAUGUCGAGCGGUUCGUUUCUGAACAAUGAGCUAUCGAAGAAGACUUCAAUCUUCGGUUUGCGAUUGUGGGUUUUGGUGGGUAUCUGCGUGGGAGCCGCCAUAGUUGUUUUCCUCUUCCUAAUCUCGCUCUGGUUCACAUCAAAGCGCAACAGAAGAACCAACAACGCUAAUACUAGUAGUAAUGGUCUCCCUUCCUCUGUUUCUCAAUUUAAGUCCUCACCCAUCAACAACCAGAUUAUCCCAAAUGUCUCCAAGGAGAUAACCGAGAUCCGGGUCGACCCGGCCCCUUCUCCUCAUCCUCCUCCUCCCGGGUUGAAUCCGAAGCCCGACCCGGAUCCAAACCCGGCUCCGUAUCAGCAACAGCAGCAGGGCUCUGUUUCCUCUGACUCCCGCAACAGAAUUCAGUUCGAGAUUGGGAAGGACCACCGGAUUUCUUACGGGUCGGGUCACGGGAGCGGGGAGGCCCGGUCGGGUCCCAGGUCCGGCGACCAGGGUGCGAUGACGGUGCCGGAGGUUUCACAUUUGGGUUGGGGACAUUGGUAUACUCUGAGGGAGCUGGAGUUGUCUACUAAUGAAUUUGCCGACGAGAAUGUGAUUGGGGAAGGUGGGUAUGGGAUUGUUUACCGUGGAGUUUUUGAAGAUAAAAAAACCACUGUCGCAGUCAAGAAUCUGCUCAACAACAGGGGUCAAGCCGAGAAGGAGUUUAAAGUUGAGGUGGAAGCAAUUGGAAGGGUGCGGCAUAAGAAUUUGGUGAGGUUGCUAGGUUAUUGUGCUGAAGGUGCUCAUAGGAUGCUUGUUUAUGAGUAUGUUGAUAAUGGCAACUUGGAGCAAUGGCUUCAUGGUGGUGUUGGCCCUUGCAGCCCUCUCACAUGGGAGAUUCGCAUGAAUAUAAUCACUGGGACUGCCAAAGGGCUAACAUACUUGCACGAGGGGCUCGAGCCAAAGGUGGUUCAUCGCGAUAUAAAAUCGAGCAACAUUUUGCUCGAUAAGCAGUGGAAUUCGAAAGUUUCCGACUUCGGUUUGGCAAAGCUUCUGGGAUCGGAGAGCAGUUAUGUGACGACUCGAGUAAUGGGGACAUUCGGGUAUGUGGCUCCGGAGUAUGCUAGUACAGGGAUGUUGAACGAGAGAAGCGAUGUGUACAGUUUUGGAAUCCUUCUCAUGGAAGUCAUAUCUGGAAGGAACCCGGUUGAUUACAGUCGCCCGCCAGGAGAGGUGAACCUUGUAGAGUGGCUUAAAACGAUGGUGACGAAUAGGAAUGCAGAAGGCGUCCUGGAUCCUAGAUUGCCAGAGAAGCCGUCUUCAAGAGCAUUGAAGCGUGCCCUUUUAGUAGCUCUAAGGUGUGUGGAUCCAAAUGCUCAGAAAAGGCCGAAGAUCGGGCAUGUGAUCCAUAUGCUGGAAGCUGAUGAAUUCCCAUUCCGAGAUGAUCGUCGAACUGGAAAGGAUCAAAGCCGCCCCAAUCGAGACAGUUUCAGAACCGAUAGACAGGUGAUGGAGUCAGGUGACAGCAGCGGAUACGAGAGUGGAGCUCAAACAUACAGAUCUUUAUCGAAAAAACCAGAACUCGAUGAUCGGUAAGGAUGUUUGUGGAGAACCCAGAUUCCGAGUUGUGUAUCAUCUUGUAUGUGUUUGAUUCUUCAUUCAUUCAGAGGCUCUACUGUUAUGCCAAUGGGCAAUGCCUGAUUUUGGCCGCAGCAUAUGCAGAAAAAGUCCCCCGAAUCCCCAUUUGUGCUGUGGUAAUCCUUACUGUGUUAGGAUUAGAUGGUGAAUGGGGGCAAAUCAUGUAUGUAGAGUAUGUAGUCGUGCGUGUGUGUAUGUAGAGGCUGCAACAGAAAUUUUGUUUAUUGUAAUAGGAGCAGAGGAAUCUUUUUGAGUCACAUGUUUAUGCCACGGAAGGGUUUUAAAGACCGUGAAUUUGGGGAGGAAUCUUCUACUGUCCUCUGCAUCUUCUACUGUCGGGAUUCUGUCAGUGUAAAGGUUAAAACCGAGGACGAGAAAGGAAGCUUCAGCUACUGGGUAAUGCAGGUAGCUUGCUGCCAGUGCGGGUCAUUGUCAGUCUUAUGGUUUUUGUGAUGACACGUGAUACCGUGGUUGUAUGUCUCGCCGACAAACCGUGGGUUAAAUAAACUGUUGCUCAAUUGGGCUAAGAUCAUGUGACUAGGAAGGUUUAUUAGUCACAUGAUUAAGUCGAUCUUAGCUAUUGAAUUUCAUUAAAAUUUAAUGGUUUAAAUUUAUCUAAUUUAAUGAAGGAUAAAAAGAUAAUUACAAAGUUUAUUUAUUUAACAAUGUGCACCCCACCCGCCGGUUCGUUUCUGGGAAAUUCUCCCGGCGGCGGACGUGUACUUUUUUUGCCCCAAGCGGUUCCCCCAAAGUGAUAGCUGAGAGAGAGAGACGGAUCAGGGAUAGAGAGGGAGGGAGGGAGUUUCCGGCGAUCGGUGACGUUGGAUUUUUCGGCGGCAGUGCUGAAUUCGUGAUAUUUGUCGAUCUAUUUUGUAGUGUUUAUAAGUCCAUUUUGUAAUGUUUAUAUCAAUUUGGUUUGUAUUGUUUAUCAUUCUAGUUCGUUAGUUGUCUAUUGUGUGUAUAAUGUUUAUAUGACUAAUUUAUAUAUAUUUUAAUAUAUGUUAUUCUAGUUUGUAUAUUUUAUGUUAUGAUUUAUAUACUUUUUAUUCAUUGAUUUGUAAUAAAAUUUUAUUGUAUUGUAAGUAAUGUUAUCUUGUACUGUUAGUAUGCUUUGUAAUGUUUACUGGUUUAUUCUGUAAUGUUUGUAAGCUUUGUUAUUUUUGUAAUGUUUGUCAUGUUUUGUAAUGUUUGUUAAUUUGUGCCCAAGGUUGUCAACCCGCGGGCUGACCUAGACCCGGCCAAUCUAGUGGGUCACCUGUUUCAGCCUAGUUUAGCCCGAAAAUAUGAAAAGAGUCAUUAUAUUGUACUUAUCCUGAUAAAUUAUAUCAAAUCUCAUCUAACAUGAGUUAUAACAUAUAAUAUUACACCAAAAUAACAUGUCGUAAUGAGAUCCAACAUAUAGUGAAAAUUCACACACACUUAUAUAACAUCAAUAUUCAAAAGUUCCACUUAGGAUUCCAAAUAUUGAGUUAGGCGAAAAGAAAAAAUAGAAAAAUAGACGCAUUUCGCAAACCAAAGAAAAAAAUGAAACAAUUUGACCUCCAACCUGGUACCUUGCAGCAGUCGACUCGGCGGGUGCGUGCGGCUCGUUUUUCUCAUCGAGCCAGGGUCAAAGUGGGUUGACCCGCGGGUUGACAAUCUUGUUUGUGCCCCAAUUUUUCAUUUUUUUCAAUCAUGUUUGUGAUGUUUUCUUAUGUCUAAAAAACAACCUGGCUGACUUUUAGAUGAAACUGCUCUAUAUAGAGAUCGAGUCUGAAAAAUCAACCCAGGUGUUUUUCCAUUUUGUAUGAAUUGUUUGUAACACCCUAGCUCGGCCGAGCACUACUUUUACCAAAAUGCCCUUGAGUAGUCGAAAUAACUCCAAAUGAAAAGAAUAAUGGAAA